AUGAUCAAAUCAGUCGCUAAAUUAAAGGGAUUCCAUUUUUCUUUGUGUAAUACCCAGAGAUUGAUUCAUAUCAAGACUUUAACAACCCCAAACGAAAAUGCGUUAAAAUUCCUCUCUACCGAUGGUGAGAUGUUACAGACGCGUGGUUCCAAGAGUAUUGUUAUCAGAAACACAGAUGAAAAUCUCAUUAAUCAUUCCAAAUUAGCACAACAAAUUUUCGUGCAAUGCCCGGGAGUGGAGUCAUUGAUGAUAGGUGAUGAUUUUCUAACUAUCAAUAAAGAUAAAAUGAUCCACUGGAACAGUAUUAAGCCAGAAAUCAUAGAUUUAUUGACAAAGCAACUUGCUUGCGGCGAUGAUGUUAUUUCCAAGGAAUUUCAUGCUGUCCAAGAAGAAGAAGGAGAAAGUGGUUACAAAAUUAACAAGCCUAAGUUUGAACUUACUGAAGAAGAUGAAGAAGUCAGCGAGUUAAUUGAGGAGUUGAUAGAUACAAGAAUAAGACCCGCUAUCUUGGAGGAUGGUGGAGACAUCGACUAUCGUGGCUGGGAUCCAAAGAAUGGAACUGUGUAUUUGAAGCUACAAGGUGCAUGCACCUCAUGCUCGUCUAGUGAAGUUACUUUGAAAUAUGGUAUUGAGUCCAUGUUGAAACAUUAUGUCGACGAAGUCAAAGAAGUAAUUCAAAUCAUGGAUCCCGAACAGGAGAUAGCAUUGAAAGAAUUUGAUAAGCUUGAAAAAAAGCUGGAAUCGAGUAAAAAUGCAAGCCAUGACGCUUAA